CUCCUGUAGGAGGCAGUAACCACAAAAAAAUACACGGAAAGGUAAUCGCUGAGUCACUCACAAAAAAAGUGACCUUUACGUUUCCGGUGUCAGCCGUACGCAUACUUGAUUUGUUCCUGAUUAAUUACAUUCUACCUUAGAAAUAAGAUAAACAGGUAUCUUGUUCCCACAGAAAAACAGAAACACUAUGCCAUUCUUUCCCAUUCUGUCAUUACAAACAAGCAAACACAAGAGACGCAAACACAAGAGACGUGUCGAGCAUCGAGCAAAAACUCGCUCUUUCUUGUGUUUAUUGCGUCGCUGUUUACAUGGUAACAGAUGCUGCUGACCAAGAACAGUGCAUUAUCGCUCCCUUGCCAUUUCGCUUGGUCGGUCGUGUCUUCAUCAGAGUCCCUUGUUUUCCCUUUCCCAUCGUAGUCACGUAGCAAACGUAGUGGACUGUCUAAGCUAUUGCUAGAGUUUACAUCUUCUUUUGUUGAUAAUCAUGAGUGGAAGAUCCUCCAACUCGAACGAGGAUACAGGUCGAGCAAAGAAGAAAGGCGGUGGAUUUUUGGCAAGGCAGUCGAAGGCGAAAAAGACAAUAACUGAAGAAGAAUUGCUUAAAAAGGACACCGUAACACCGGACGAUGUACUGAAGUUGACAAAAUGCACGGAAAGUAAGUUGAAGGUGGUUUAUAUUUUGCAGCCAAGGCAAUCCUCUCGCAAAUUACCAAAUUGUAGCGAAGGUUGCUGAGCAAGAAUUUUUUGCUGAUUUGAAACUUCAUUGUCGUUUGUGUGCUAAGUACUUUUCCUUGCGCUCUGUUAUUUACAGAUUACCUCUGCGAACCUGGUGCAAAUAUAUACAGCAUCGAUUUUACCAGGUUUAAAAUUCGCGAUAUGGAAACAGGGACUGUUCUUUUUGAGAUAGCUAAACCUGAUAACAUCGACGACGAAAUUAUUGACAACGAUGAUGAUCCUAACGCCGGUCGCUUCGUAAGAUACAAGUUUACUCCAGAGUUUCUGAAGUUAACAACAGUAGGAGCCACGUAAGUUUUACUUUUAUUGGAUGUAGACUUUUGUCUGCUUUAAUAAAUUCAAUUAGUACCAAUACCUUACCUAUAUUUCCAACUGAUCGAUGACCGAUACACUUUUACUAAUAGUAUCCAUAAGCUUCGUUGCACGUAUAACAUAAUUGUCUAUUGCAUGUUCAGAUCGACAUGUUGUUGUCUCUCUAUUGAAAAUUACUAAUCCAUAAGUUUUAGAUUGCACGAAUUGUGUUCUGACUCAUUGCUAAUUUGGAUCCAAUGUUUUCUUUUUCAGAGUCGAAUUUACCGUAGGAGACAAACCCGUCAACAAUUUUCGUAUGAUAGAACGGCACUACUUCAGAGAUCGACUGUUAAAAAACUUCGAUUUUGAGUUUGGAUUUUGCAUCCCAAAUAGCAAGAAUACAUGCGAACACAUCUACGAAUUUCCACCGUUAGAUAUUGAUGAAGGUCAGUACUCAACUGAUUAUUUGUUUCUCUUGUUUAGAAUGUUUCUUUUCAAUUAGAGUCGUAGUACCUCCCAAAAUCUAAUUGACACGGGAACUCGGAAAAUCGAAAGAAUUGCUUGUGUUUUAACCACACAAUUACUCAUUCGCCAUUUUAACCUCAAUAUCUCCGUUGUCUUUGAGAUAUUUUUAAGCUUGAUUUAUCGUUUUCCUCAUUCAUCGGACCUAGCACUGACGUGCCAGACAUCACAUACACUUUUUACGCUUAUCUCGAUGUUUUGACUUUUAUACUUAUUAAAUAAUAGUUUUUUUUUUGCAUGAAGUGCGAGCGAAGUUUAAGAUUUUUAAAACAUCUUGUUCCUCUAUCGGGAAAUAUCUUUUGGUUGUUUUUAAAUUAUCAUGUUAACAUUAAGUUGUUGUCUAGAUGAUAUCUUGAAUCUACAACUUAAUCAAUAUCAUGUUAAGUAUAAAUUAAUCACGAUCAAAUAAUUUAUACCCCAGAGAAGCAGUGGUAAGGGAUAGAACUUUCCUUUGUGUUCUGUGGUAUUUUCUCUAUUUGGGACAGUACAAAAACAGAAAGGCAGAAAAAUAUUGAUGAUCUUACCAUUAAAGAUAAGUUAAGAAGCUAUUAAAGAAUUUUUAUCACAGUGAGAAAUUUAACCCCUCAAGACUGAAUAACAUUUGCAUUGUUGAUGUGAAAUUUGUUAUACAUUAGAUAAUAAAAACACUGACAUAUUCACCUCCCUGUACAAAGAAAAACCAUUAAUAGGAUAUCCCAAAUAAGGGUAUAUCAUAAAAACAAUAAAAUCAAGUAGAUAAAAUUGCAGUGAAAGCACUGUAAAUAACCAUAAAAUUGAUACUGGUUUUGUUUUGUUUCCUAAAACCAUUCUAAAUCUUUUUAUGCUCAAGGAUUUUAGGUAUAAGCAAAGUUUUUUGUGCAGUUUAAGAUGACAGAAAAAAAAUAUGUGUAAAAGUAUGCUACCUGUCACUGUCCAACCAGAAACUGUCCACUUUUAUCCCUUAACUAAAAAGAAAGAUUUUGAUACCAAAUUCUUAGGACAAGCCGUGAGAGAAUUGUAUGAUCAUUGGGUUGGUGAAUUAGCUUUACAUUAAGGGAAAGGAAAUGAUGACUCCACCUAUGAGAGUUUGAAAAUGGUGUUCAUGUGGCUGGGAACAGGAGUCUGUUUACAGAUGUUGUCUGACUACUUAAGAGACAAGUUGGUAAUAGCAUACAUUGUUGUUGUAGAUAAGGGAAUUUUUGAUUAGUGAGAUGAAUACUGAUUUGUCAAAUUUUGUUUGCAGUGCAAGAAAUGGUAAACCACCCAUUUGAGACUAAGUCAGACAGCUUCUACUUUGUGGAUGGUAAACUUAUCAUGCAUAAUAAAGCCGAUUAUGCAUAUGAUGGGUAGCCCUUCCAAGUGUAAUCCUUACAAUGUGUACAGUGACAUGCAGACAAACAUUUAGAGACAAGAUUAAAUACUUUCUUACGAUUUAAUAUCAUCUGUCUAAACUCAACAUCAAGAUCACCUCAGAUUUUCCAUACAUCUUGUAUGUAUUCUUUUAGGAAGAUUUGGUGUUAUGUCAAGACUUAGUUACCAGUUUGGUGAUCAUAGGUCUUGCAUUGGAAUUACUUUAUACAUUGUUGUAGAAAGAAAUUGUAAAUGAUUAUUGCUGGAAUAUAUGAAAUGAUAGACAGGAGGUAGAUGCUUGUUUUUGUACCAAAAAUGUCAGAGCUUUGUUCCAUCAUACAAAGUUGUUGUUAUAGAGGGGGGGAGGGGGUCUUAUUUUCCCUGGUAAAUUGUCUACAUUUUGUACAAAAGAUAGUGAACACCUGUGCAUGCAACAUCAAUAAAAUAGAGCUGGUCUGAGUAAGUCAGAUUUGCAAAAUGUGGCUUAUAUUUAUGUAGCUUGAGGAGAUUUU